AUGUCCGACCUCGACCUCCCUGACUCCGAGGAAUUCAACGAAGUUUAUUUCACCAGGUUCGGGCCUAUCAACGGAAAGAAAUACGUCACAGAACUCAACAAUGAAGCCUCCGUCUACGCCUUAACCAGUUCUACUAGCAACUUCAAAACCAGAAAUCCCAUAAUCCGCUACAGUUAUGGUGAAUCUUUCGGCAUCAUGAUUGAUACUAGUGCUGCCAAGAAAUCCAUUGUCUGA